UCCCCCCAUGCCUUCCAGGCUGAUGGUUUAGCCCAGAUUUAUUUAAACCCCAGCCAGAAGCAACUCAACUCUACAAGUAAGCACUUGAUGGUGGGGAAGUGGCACGAGGGCUGCCAAGGUGGCCAUGGCUCAGCAGGGUUUAGGACUCUCUCAUGUGGAAUAAGGGCUCCUCUUGUCCUGGACCAUGCCCAGCCUCAUCUCAUAUCUAUUUGACAUGACACCCAGAUGCUGGACAUCUUCUUAACAUCAGGACCUCUCUGUCCCAUGCCUUCACCAACUAUCUAGAUAUCUCCACAAGGUCCAUCCAUAACUCUCACCAUGAUGAAUGGGACUUUCUUCAACCACACUCUCAUGGACCAAGCCGCUUACAACAACACAACCAGCCAGGACCUUGGCUCACUCAUGGGAUGUUGCAACGGAAGCCAGACGGUCAUCACCAGCGAUGGAGGGUCCCUCAUCCUCAUUCCUGAUGAGAGGAGCUUGUUCAUCACUAGGGUGGUGCAGAUAGCUGUCCUCUGUGUCCUUUCCCUCACCGUCCUCUUUGGGAUCUUCUUCCUUGGGUGCAACCUGCUCAUCAAGUCAGAGAGCAUGAUCAACUUCUUAGUGAAGGACAGGAGACCGUCUAAAGAUGUUGGGGCUGUCAUCUUGGGUCUCUACUGAGGACAGAGAGGAGAGGGGGUCCCUAUGGGGAGAUAACAGAUACCAGCAUGUGAAUAGAAGGACUACAUUUUCAUUCCAGAAUGCUGCAGAGAACCUUUACAGACAAUGCAUUGCAUGCAGUUUUUUCCAAUUUCUAUAUGGGGGUGGGGGGGGGUGGGAGUGCAUGGGGUGUGCCAAAAUAAACUCCACCAUGUAAAGAACUUAAAUCCUCAAAGCUGCUUUGCCUUUACCCUCAGAUGCAUUGCUUGGAGACCUACAAAGUGCCAGCAUCAAUUAGAGGUGCUCCUGGCGUUAUCUAAUGGCUUGGGGUGGGGGGGGGGGGCUGAGUGGGGUUCUUUUGGAUAUGGGUCCAGGUUGCAUGCUUUUGCAUUCUGAAUGUUAUUUCAUACCUCAAAAACUGCCCAUUUUUAUAACUGACGCCUUUCCAUGUUUUUAACCCCUGUGCUACCAAAGGGGCAUGACGUGACGUGUGUGUUUUUUAAUUAACCGUGACGGGUGUGCCAAAGUGGGAUUUGCACUAUAAUUAUUAUUAUUAUUACUAUGACCAGCAUGAUUUGUACACCGUUUCUCAAACUGAAUGCAGUUUUCUAUGUUGCAAUAUUUCUGCGGCAAAAAUAUCAGUGUAUGGUGGUGGUGGGGGGGUCUUGAAUUUUAAUGCACCAGUGAUUCUAAUAAAAAAAAAUGUAUAGAUUUUUAA